GUGCUUCACUUCGGCUUCUUUCAGCAUUUUCACAAGCUCCACGGGACCGUUGCCUAGCAUUUGUUCACUUCUUGUGACGUGACGCGACAGUCACAUGCUGAUGAGUUCGGGCGAGCUCGACUGCCUCUUCCCUUUCAUAUCUUCCCACGAACAGUACCACAACUACCACCGCUACAAGACACCCAUACCACAUCCAACUCAUAUCAGCAACUCAUAAUAUCUUCCAACUUCCAAUACCAAAGACUGACAAGUCACAUCGCACAUCAAGCCGCAGCGACACUUGGUCGUUCGUGGCGCCUGCCAUGGCUUAUCUGUCGCCUGUCAGCUCUGGGCGGUAUUCACGCGAGCGCACCGCCGACACGGAUCGCAGUGGACCAGGGCAUGGAUUGUUCGUGACUGGAAGAACCCCAUCUCCUGGACCGAAGCAGGAUUGUUAUGACGAAAAUGGGAUGUACUCGGAGAAGACGGAAAAGCCUCCAAAAUGCGCGGCCUACGAUCCGAGGACAUUCGCGCUGAAGCAGCAGACUGGAGUUAUUGUUGUCGAACUUGCCCAACUUUUGGGGAAGCACCGCCACCACAGUCAGGACGUCGAGACGAUGUGGCAAAAGGCUGACAAGUUGCGCGAAAGCCCCGAGCCUCCCCCUAUCAGCGUCAUGCUUUAUGGAGCUACGGGCACUGGGAAGAGCUCGGUCACAAAUUCUUUCGCCGGGCAACCUGAUGCCACCAAAGCUGGCGAUACCGGUCAGAGCUGCACUGCGGUUCCGACAAAGAUCGUGUUCAAGCUCGCAGGCCAGACAACUUUAUACGCAGCUGACGUCCGCUUCUACGACAAGCAAAAGCGAGUGACCUUUUUGAGUGAGCACAUCAAGCACUUCACUCGCUGGCAUUUGGACUCUCACGGGGAUUGGCCGGAGGAGGAGAAGCAGGAGUACCAACAACGGGCGAAUGCUGCGCUGAAACGAUUUCGAGCGUUAUUUUGCGAUCAAGAUGAAUUCUCCUCGGAAGGAAACAUCGUCAAGUAUUUCAAGGAGCAUCGAAAUGUCGCCGAGACCAUUGAAGACCUAGAUCAAUGGUGCAUGACCCUGCUCUCUGGAUGCCAGGAUGUGGAGGGCUGUCCAACGCUGCGAAUGAGCUCCGAUGACUUGGAGCAGAUCAACACUGAUGUUGAGCCAUAUAUGUUUGAGCAAUACAAACUGGAGGAGCCAGAAUUAUGGCCUCUGGUCGAUCAUGUCUGCAAAGGCAUAUCUACAUCACCAAUUUUGCGCCACAUUGAAGUGAACGAUCUCCCUGGCACGGAAGACGUCGAUCGCGUCCGGGCAGAAGUUGCCAAUGAAUUCAUCAAGGAGUGCGAUAUUCUCUGGGCAGUGGCUGGUAUGGCUCGCGCCGUUUCCGAUGCCUCGCUCGACAGCAAGCUUGCCACGUAUGGGGCUCGGUUUGGAUCGAAUGUUGCCAUUAUAGCCACGCAUUCCGACGUUGGUGCGAAUGCGAAUCUUGCGAAAGAGAUGGCCACGAAAGGCGCUGCUCCGUCGAGUAUCGCACGGUACGAGCAGCUCUCCAAGGGCAUCAACGAGCUAAAGAAGGACAUCAAGGGACGCAACAACACAGGCAACAAGCGAUCACGCAGUCUACAGGAGCUGGAGACGGCCGAGAUCGAGCGACUUGAUGUCCUUGUUGAUAUGCGCAAUUCGUACUUGAGCAAGACGCUCAAGGAGGAUAAGCAGGUGCACCUCGCACCUGGAGUCCAGCUCUCGGUAUUCUGCGUGUCUAACACACAUUACAUGGCGCAUAAAGGUGUGGAGACCAACGAGAAAUAUCACAUGAGCGUGGAGAUGACCAAUAUUCCUGCCUUGCGCCGAUUCGCCCUCGAGGUUGCUGCCCCCAAUGAGUUCAAUACUGCUGAUGAAUACAUCAAUGCAAGUCUCACGCUUCUCCGGGGAGCUGCAUUGUGGGCUGACGCAGCGAUGUCAGAGCGGCGGCAGACACUCACCGAGAUGGCCCAACACCCCGCGACUCUGCUAGAGACCAGUUUAAGCUCAUGGAGAGAAGCUGUAGACGAAGAGUGCAGCCGACAGCUCAUACAACAGCUGCUCAAGAAUCGGCCUAACUUUGUAACGGCAGCGCUCGAGGUCGUGGAGAAGUUUACUGAGCACGCUUGGAACACACAAGGCGCAUUCUUUCGGAAACAUGGCCGCCAUGCUCCACGAGGAAAGAAGCAUCAAAUCUUGAAUGAAAUGUUUGCUGACAAGCAAAGUGUCUUUUUGAAUGCCCGCUGGUACCCUCUGCUCAAGCAUAUGAAGAAAGAGCUUGAUGCUACGAUCGAUAAAGUAUCGGACGCCCUCGAUCGCAUUCCGGCCAAGCUCAACAAUAUGCCGGCUGCCACGCCAAUUGCUUUGGAACCUUUGCAGGGCAUUAUCAAUUCCAGCGUUGAUCGCAUCCGAUCUGCACUCCGGUCAAGGUAUGAGGCGUUCGCGAAGGAGGCAAGUAACAUCCAGCUAGAUGCUACGCGAGAUGUUCCGACCAGCUACUUCGCAGAUGCCAUGCGACCACUGUAUACAAAGUGCAAACGAGACUCGGGAGGAGGAGUGACCGACCGCCGUUUGCACCAUCUGCGGAACUGGCUGCAGGGCAAGAGCGAACAAGGUGCUACUGCCUGUCCAUUCUCCGCAGUCACCCGGAAUUUGGAGAAGAACUUCAAGACAGCUACAGAUUCAUUCGCUCGAGACUUGCAAAAUGACAUCAAGGCAGUCCUUGAGGAGAUGGCGGGCAGUUUCGAGCGUGCGAUCAGAGAGGAUACGGGUAAUUGGAGAGAAAUGUUAGCUCGCACGGAGAUCAGAAGAUUUGUUGAGUCCAAGGAGCAGGAAAUGAAGGAUAUGGAGAGGCAGCUGGAAGCGGUGAAACGAGAGUAUCACCACGAAGGGGCUAGGUACUGAGGACGCUCGCUCAUGUUAUGAUGUGGUGGAUGGGUGCUGGGAGGCACGAAACGGUCAAGAAAGGCUGAAAGAGCUCAAGUUGGAGGAGCUUGAGGCUGUGAAGGAGCAGUAUGGCGUUUUAGAAGAGUGAAGCUUGACCGAGUUGCCAAGUCAUUCGAUGGGCGAGUUGCUUCUGACGAUAUUUGACUACUUGGGCAAUUCCUGCGACAUACGAAGCUAGCAAGUCGGCAGCGAGAUUUGCAGAAGCAAUCUAUGAGAGGUACUCAACACAAGAGCCUUGACAAUCAAGAUGACCUUUCGAAGCUCCAUACA